CACCGCAAAGGCCCCGGAUUGGAGCGAGAGAAGCAUUACAUUCUCCCAGUCGGUUUUACGAAAACAGUCUUUCGAGCGACAUGACAAACACAACGCUCGAAGAUUUGGACAGAAACGUAAGUUAUAGAGUGAUGGCAGAUUGAUAAAACAUCAAAUUGCACUCUUGAUUGUAUGCAUAUAAUUGAAAAGUUCCGGGUACAAUGUGGAAACCCCGAUGAAGCGGAAAUCCUGAGCUAAAGUUGUGUUUACGGCGAAGGAGUGGCUCAUACUGUCUCCACAAGGGUGAAGCUGUAGAAGAAUAACUGAAGAGAGAGAGAGAGAUAAGAUGCCUCCUCCCCCGCCACCCCCUGCCCCUCCCCCACCCCCAACCUUCGCUGUGGCAAAUACACAGAAGCCAUCACUCAGCAAGAAUGAAGCACAAGGAAGAAACGCCUUACUGUCUGAUAUCGGAAAAGGUGCUCGCCUGAAGAAGGCCGUGACCAAUGACAGGAGUCAACCCGUCAUUGACAAACCCAAAGGUGGAGGAGGAGGAGGUGGAGGAGGAGGUGGAGGAGGAGGUGGAGGAGGUGGCGGAGGAGGUGGCGGAGGAGGAGGACCAGUACUAGGUCUCUUUGCAGGAGGCAUGCCCAAGCUUCGGUCCUCAGGAGGGAACAGUAACGGAGGCCCUAGGCCCCCCAUGGUACCUCCAGGCGGCCGUUCCUCAGGCCCCAGACCGUUUGGUGGUGGGGGCCCCUCCGCUGGCCCUCCACGGUUCUCAGGGGCCCCAGCCUUUCCCCGGAGCAGCGCCCCCGACGUCCCCAGGGGACGGGCAGGCCCCCCGCGACCAGAGACCCCUGGCGGACCCCCUCCCCCUAUCCCCAACACCCCACGGCCCAACCAGAACUUCCAGAGCCGAGGGACCCCGCCUGUUCCAGGAGGAGCCCGGAUCCCCAGCUCAGCCCCGGCACCUCCACCUCCCAACCUCGCAGGCAGACACCAAGGCUUGCCCCCUCCCCCUGGCCCUAUAGGGGCCCCGUCUGGGCCAAAACCCUCCUUUGGGGCCCCUCCGGUUCCCAGUGGUGGACGUCCCCCUCUACCCCCAGCCCCCCACCCUGGCAGACCCUCAGAGGACCCCUGGCCCCCACCCCCACCCCUGGGGGGCCACCGGUCCUCCAUAUCCAGAGAUGGACCACCGCCACCAUCUUUCAACUCCAAGCCCCCCAGCUCGUCUUCCUCUCGGCCCUCCAUCGGCGGUGGUGGAGCUCCCCCUCUCCCUCCUGGCAGACCGGGCCCUCCACUGCUGCCCCCAACGCCUGCGGGAGGAGACGAACACACCCCCAGACUACCACAGAGGAACAUUUCACUCAACUCGCCGGCGCUGCCACCUGGCCGGUCAGGACCACUGCCACCCCCUCCCAGUGAGAGGCCGCCCCCUCUGGGUAAAAACCCCCCAGGACGGACGGGCCCACUCCCUCCCCCUCCCUCCUCAGGUCCACGUGGAGGCAGUAUAAGGUCAUCCCCAGUCCCUUCACCUCCUAACCGCCCGGGAGCAGAGCCGCCCCGUGGGGGACAACGGCCACCGCUCCCACCAGACCGACCGGGAAUAGGAGGCCCUCCUCCCCCACCUCCUCCCAUGGGCAACGGCUUCCAGAACUCCCAUCACCAACACAUUGAUGAGUGGGAGGCCCGGUUCCAGUUCCACCCUGUCUCAGACCUCCCUGUCCCAGAGCCUUACGUGUCCUGUCAGAAGACAUACCCCAGCAAGUUGUCCAAGACUGACGGCAGAGGUUCAGAUAAAAAGUCCAGGGGUGCCCCCCCACUACCCCCUAUCCCCAGGUGAAGAGCUCGUUUUUGGGAUGUCUCCCUCCCUCCCUCCCCUCCCCUCCCCUCCCCUCCCCUCCUCUCCUCUCCUCUCCUCUCCUUCCCUCUCUCCCUCCUCUCCCUCCUCUCCCUCCUCUCCCUCCUCUCCCUCCUCUCCCUCCCUCCCCUCCCCUCCCCUCCCCUCCUCUCCCUCAGAGGACAUGGAUGUAAGUAUGUCACUCCCACUGCCUCUGUCUGAGGCUUAUAGCACCUCCAUGGAAGGACCAUAUUUACAGUGGGACUCACGCAACCAUGUGUUUCUGCCUGGAGUUGACAGAAUAUUCUCAUUUAACGAACAGCACUCCAAACCAACCAAAGUCACAACAGAGGCUUGUUUUCUAGGCUAUGCAUUUGGUUUUGCUCCACUAUGUAGUGUUGAAACUGUAUACUUUUAUUAUCAUUUUUCACUGUGCCUUUUUUUUCUUCCAAUUCCGGAUUAUUAUGAAGGAUCUUUAUGAGAGUUAAGAGAAACAGUCGUGUCGGAUGCCUGUCUUCGCCAAAGAGCAACCGAACUAUAGCAUAUCAGUUACAAUAUUCUAACCAUCAAAGGGUACUUCUCCAUACAGUUCCUGUGCAGUUCACGGCAUGUUUUACACGGUAGAGACAAAAUGGACGCUUGUGUGUUACAGUAUGCGUUGAUUGAACUUUUAGGUGAAAAUUGAAUGUUUUCUUUAUGCCUUGAAAAGAAAAAAAGAACGUCACUCAUGACAGUUGUUAGUUUAAUUUAGUAUGAUUUGAGUUGUUGGGAAGGACAAUUUGUUUUUAUUUUCUAAAGUUAUCUAUUUGACUAUUUUUGUUGUAUACAGUUACAGUGUUAUCUUCUGCUUCCGUACUACAGCUCUGGGACGUCUCCGCUACUUGACAUUAACAUCAAGCUUGUCUCAGAAACACUUGCAGAGAGACAAUCUAAUAUUUGACCUAUGAAAGUAAAUCAUUAACAUGUAUUAAAAUGUUAGACAUGAUGCUGAAGUUAUGAUAUGAAUGAGCUUUGCUCAUAGAAUUUGCAAGUGUUUAAUGUAUGCAAGGAGGAUGUGAAUAUGGAUCAAAAUAUGCUGUAUGCUGAUGUGAGAGAGAAGUGCCAUGUUUGGCCUCAUUGUUUUCUCUGUUCUGUAAAGACGAUAAUAUGCAUUUCUGAAUAGAGAAUGAGGGGGAAUGGCAGGAGCACGUGUGUUUGACCAAAGACAGUCGGCUGCACUAGGACGUAGUCUCUUCCCACAGAGGCAGUGUCUCAGAUACAACUUGCAUUGGAGACUACUUAGGACCAAACAGACAGAAACAACUUGCAUUGGAGACUACCUAGGACCAAACAGACAGAAACAACUUGCAUUGGAGACUACCUAGGACCAAACAGACAGAUACAACUUGCAUUGGAGACUACCUAGGACCAAACAGACAGAAACAACUUGCAUUGGAGACUACCUAGGACCAAACAGAUAGAUACAACUUGCAUUGGAGACUACCUAGGACCAAACAGAUAGAAACAACUUGCAUUGGAGACUACCUAGGACCAAACAGAUAGAAACAACUUGCAUUGGAGACUACCUAGGACCAAACAGAUAGAAACAACUUGCAUUGGAGACUACCUAGGACCAAACAGACAGAAACAACUUGCAUUGGAGACUACCUAGGACCAAACAGUCAGAAACAAUUUGCAUUGGAGACUACCUAGGACCAAACAGACAGAAACAACUUGCAUUGGAGACUACCUAGGACCAAACAGAUAGAAACAACUUGCAUUGGAGACUACCUAGGACCAAACAGUCAGAAACAACUUGCAUUGGAGACUACCUAGGACCAAACAGAUAGAAACAACUUGCAUUGGAGACUACCUAGGACCAAACAGAUAGAAACAACUUGCAUUGGAGACUACCUAGGACCAAACAGAUAGAAACAACUUGCAUUGGAGACUACCUAGGACCAAACAGAUAGAAACAACUUGCAUUGGAGACUACCUAGGACCAAACAGAUAGAAACAACUUGCAUUGGAGACUACCUAGGACCAAACAGUCAGAAACAACUUGCAUUGGAGACUACCUAGGACCAAACAGAUAGAAACAACUUGCAUUGGAGACUACCUAGGACCAAACAGAUAGAAACAACUUGCAUUGGAGACUACCUAGGACCAAACAGAUAGAAACAACUUGCAUUGGAGACUACCUAGGACCAAACAGAUAGAAACAACUUGCAUUGGAGACUACCUAGGACCAAACAGAUAGAAACAACUUGCAUUGGAGACUACCUAGGACCAAACAGAUAGAAACAACUUGCAUUGGAGACUACCUAGGACCAAACAGAUAGAAACAACUUGCAUUGGAGACUACCUAGGACCAAACAGAUAGAUACAACUUGCAUUGGAGACUACCUAGGACCAAACAGACAGAAACAACUUGCAUUGGAGACUACCUAGGACCAAACAGUCAGAAACAACUUGCAUUGGAGACUACCUAGGACCAAACAGAUAGAUACAACUUGCAUUGGAGACUACCUAGGACCAAACAGACAGAAACAACUUGCAUUGGAGACUACCUAGGACCAAACAGUCAGAAACAACUUGCAUUGGAGACUACCUAGGACCAAACAGACAGAAACAACUUGCAUUGGAGACUACCUAGGACCAAACAGACAGAAACAACUUGCAUUGGAGACUACCUAGGACCAAACAGACAGAAACAACUUGCAUUGGAGACUACCUAGGACCAAACAGACAGAAACAACUUGCAUUGGAGACUACCUAGGACCAAACAGAUAGAUACAACUUGCAUUGGAGACUACCUAGGACCAAACAGACAGAAACAACUUGCAUUGGAGACUACCUAGGACCAAACAGAUAGAAACAACUUGCAUUGGAGACUACCUAGGACCAAACAGAUAGAAACAACUUGCAUUGGAGACUACCUAGGACCAAACAGACAGAUACAUCCAGCAGAAAUGGAACGUUUUAAAAAGAGGACCAUUAAAGUUGUGUGUUAGUUCCUCCUCAGGUGACAGACAUAAUGAAUGACGGUCCUCAUGGGGACAUUUUUCUUUCAGAAUGUAUUCUGUUUCUAGUUCCCUAGUUAUCUCUGUUAACCCAGAAGUCAAAUAUAGCGUAGUUGGGUCAGCUACACGCAGAAACUGCCCACGGGAGAUUAGUUCCCUAUGACAUUUACAAUGGUACUGCAGAGUGCUUUAUGCACUUUGGCUUCAAGGGAACUUAGAUAUGAUUAUUCUUUUUGAUGCAUUCAACUGCUUUUGUUUCUGCCUUUUUGAGUGUAUUUUCUUCCUGAUGCUUUUCAAUGUAAAACAAAGCAAACUAUUUCCAAAUGGAUUUUCUAAAUAAAGUAAAUGAAGUUGA